AUGACACCCGAUGACCGAUUCCCGGGUGUUCGCAGCUCGGCAAGACCACCGUCCACACCGUCCACCGCACUGGCUGCGGAAACACCGGCCAAAGGGGCCGGGAACCGAGAGUGCAGCACACACGAGGCACUGGCAGCGGUCAUCUUUGUUGGACAACUGUUUUCUCUCGUGCCCAUCACCGGUUACGGCCGGAACAGUGAUCCGCGAACCGUCCGGAUGCGCUACCGUUCCGUUCAGUUCGUGUACGGCUGUGUCACUCUCGGUCUCAUGUUGACACUUAUCGCGAUGCUCGCUGCGUACACGGUCGAUCAGCCCUCGUUCGGUGUACAGGAAGCCUCGUCACUCGUGUACUACGCCAUCAUCGUGUUUUUCAUGGUCGAACUAAUGCUGCUGGCCCGCAACUGGUGCAACAUAAUGGGCCGCUGGUACGUCGAUGAGUUGCCGUUCCGGAGUGAACCGUAUCAACCACCGGCUCGCUCGCUCCCAUUCCACCAUAAGGUGCGCCUAAUCGCGUUCAGCGUGAUGUUUUUUGCUUUCGUUGAGGACACACUCAACUUCCUGUCGGCCUAUAAGUUGAACGAGCUCCACAUACGCUACUGUCCGCAUCGGAGCGGAUUUUGGAAGAAUUUCUUCCACCGUGAACAUCCGUACGUGUUGCGCGCCAUCCCGUACCAUGCGGUACUCGGUUGGACGAUCGAGCUGACGAUGCGGAUCGCCAAGUUCACCUGGCACUAUGUGGACGUGUUUAUCAUCUGCCUCAGCCUUGGACUUCAGCGUCGGUUUGUGCAGUUUAACGAGCGGCUGGAACGGCUCGAGGGCCAACCGCAAACGCAGGGCGUCUGGCGUGGACUUCGGCUCGACUUUGUGCGUCUGUCCGAGCUGGUCACCUUCGUUGAUGAGCGCUUCUCGAAGCUGAUACUGUUCAGCUGCGCCAACGAUAUGUUCUUCAUCACCGUGCAGCUGUUCAACAGUUUCGACCUUAAACCGACCACUGUGACGACGAUAUACUUCUGGUAUUCGCUCGGAUUUCUCAUCUGUCGCUGCUUUCUCAUGCUGUUUGUCGUAUCCUCGAUCAGCCGAGCCUCGGAACGUCCGCUGGAAACAUUGCGUCGCUUUCCCAGCUCAAACUGGAACCUGGAUCUAAGGCGCCUUUGUGACGCAGUGGCCACCUCCGAGAAUGCCCUGUCCGGCAAGAGGUUCUUCUUCGUCCGAAGACCAUUAAUACUGGCGAUGGCCGGUACGAUCAUCACUUACGAGCUGGUUUUGCUAGAUCAGGUGAAGAAAACUCCCGACACGACGAGGGACUGCACAUUUUAA